AUGGGGGCCACGGAAACUCCUGUAUCAGUGUGGGUCAAUAUCUUUGACCCGGAUCAGUUCCACUUUACAAACCCAACCACCUCCUCCUCAUGUCGCCUUUCUGAGGAUCGUCUUACUGACAUUGUUUUCGGAGCCACCCUGCUGAUCAGCGCGGCUCCAUUCCUCAUCCUUUUCCUGAUCCCAGUCCAGUCCAACAGCGACCAGCACCAGAACCUGCUCAAGGUGCUGCUGAGUUUCGCGUCUGGCGGACUGCUGGGUGAUAACUUCCUGCACCUCAUACCGCACGCUCUCGAGCCUCAUUCCCAUCAUGAAGAUGGAGAUGAUGGACACUCUGCAAGUGAAGAGUCACAUGACCACGGCCACUCCCAUGGAGCCGCCCACGGUCACAUGAUGUCCGUUGGAUUGUGGGUUCUCGGGGGGAUCAUCGCCUUCCUGGUUGUUGAAAAAUUUGUGCGUCUGCUGAAGGGAGGGCAUUCCCACAGCCACUCUCACGCUGCUCCUAAAGAAAAGGACAGUGAUAGAGAGGGGGAAGAGGAAAAGAAGACAAAAGAGAAGAAAAAGAACAAAGAUGCAAAGGUGCGAGAGACGCAGGAGAAGAAGGGCACAGAAAUCAAGGUGUCCGGUUAUCUGAACCUAGCAGCUGACUUCACGCAUAAUUUCACCGAUGGCCUGGCAAUCGGCGCCUCAUUCCUCGUCAGCCCAGCCGUGGGCGCCGUCACCACCCUGACAAUCCUGCUCCACGAGGUUCCACAUGAGAUCGGGGACUUUGCCAUCCUUGUUCAGUCUGGCUGCACUAAAAAGAUAAAUAUAUAA